AUGGACUACGCCAAGAAUCCUAUCACGGCCCGGGAAGACGAUAUCGCCAGCCUUUUUGAAGGUGAUAUUGAUGAGUCUCUCGGACCCGAGGACGACCUCUUCGGCGAGGAGCCCUCUGCCGUUGAGGUUGCUCAACCUCCUCCUCCUCCCGCCGAGCAGCCAUCCCGUCGCCUGGAACUUGCUCUCCCCAGGUUGGCGCUCCCUUCCAGGGCACCAGAGAGCACCCCGGCAGCACCUCCCCAACCUGCCCAGCCGGAAUGCAAUGGUUUGGCUUUGCCAAGCGCCAUAGAAACUCCCACAGCGCAGCCAGCGAGAGAGCCCUAUCGCCCUAGCGGGCUGGCUCUGCCGCCGGCAUGCGCUGCUACGGCUUCAAGGGGGGUUCCUGCCUCUGCCGACCCAAGGAGAGAGCCUUCAACUGAGGCACAAUCCCUCGGCAGCUCCCAAGAAUCCGGCCCUUCCCAGACAACAGAGAGCGCCCCAACGGAGUCUCCCAAGGCUCCAAAGAAGGGGAAGAAACGCUCGGCGCCUAAGGACGAUGGCAAGCCGAGCAAGAAAUUCAAGUAUACGCCCGUAGACACCAAAGAGCGUGUGGACAAGAUCAACACCGCAGUCCACCUCUUCGGUGCUCAGAAGGCGCGCAGGGCUUGGAUGAUCGAUGCCUCAGCCAAGGAAGAGGCGACCAGGAACAAGUUCGCUCCUCCUCCUACUCCUGCCAAGAAACGGCCCGCCGAGGAGGCCUUUCCUGGUGAGGGCUCUCCGCAGCCUUCGCAGAGAGCUAGAGUCACGCCUUCCUCGUCCGCUCCGGUCUCGACUGAGAUCCCCGCCGCAGCCGUAGCUGCCAUGGCACCCGAGGGCGCUGUGGCAGCACAGACUGCGGCAGCUCCGUCGAGAUCGGAACCGGUGACGAUCGACCUCACCGGCGAGGAAGAGUCUCUCCCGCGGAGUUCGGGUGAGCAGUCUGCGCCGCCGUCAUCCGCCGAGCAGCUUCCGCCACCACCAGAUGCGGAGAGCAUUGCCAAUUCGACGGCCUGGAUCGCGGAGGAAGAAGCUCGCGUCGUCUUAUAUGGCACCCCUCAGUCAAUCGCCGAUAGGGAGCGAAAGGCUAAGAAGGCGGCUUCUUCGCAGAGGUUUCGAGCCAACGCAGCCGCUCGUCGAGAGGAGAGUAGGGCAGAGACCCGAGCUCUUAUCGCCGUCCGAGUCGGCAUGGCUGCUCAAGCGCGAGAGGAAGCAGAGGCUGCUAAGAAGCAGGCAAGGAAGGCCAAGAAGGGCGAAGCCAACAAGAAAGCCGACGAUCUCGCUCGACUGGGCCAGGCGGAGUUGGCAAGCAAGGAUGAUAGCCAGCAGGCUCAGUCCCACGAUGGGCAUACUGCUCCGGACUCCGCCUUGACUCAGGAGGACGAUGACUUCUUCGGCCGGUACGUUGCCGCCCUAGACGCAGGGAUGGAGAUGGCCGACUUUGCCAAUGCCGAGCUCCAGCUAGAGCAGAGUCAGCCCGCUCCACAAGCAGACCUCGAGGAGGCAGACGACGAGGCCCAGCUUGACGCGGCUGUCCCCAGCGAAGAAGAUGGCACCGCCGAGGAAGAGGGCGACCUGGAGGCUCAGCUUGCCGCGGCUUUGUCGAGCGAAGAUGACGACGCCGCCGAAGAGGCUCAGCAAGAGGAGGAUUUGGAAGCGCAACUCACCACCGAGGCGCAGGACGAAGGAGACGAGGAAGUGAAGGAGAGCCCCGACUCCGGGUUUGGCGAAGGGGACCGUGAAGAGGCAGUGGAGGAGGACGCCGGGAGUUUGUUUGGUGAAGGAGAGGCUAUGGAGGACGCCGAGGAUUUGUUUGGCGAAGAUGAUGAUCUCGCCAGUGUGUUUGGAGAAGGAGGUGACGGAGAGGCAAUGGAGGAGGAUGUCGGGGGUUUGUUCGGAGAAGGGGACGAGGAGGAUGAAGGCGAGCUCUACCUAGAGAAUCCCGAGGAUUUGUCCAAGGAAGAGUGGAGAAGACUCAACCGCGAUUGA